UCCGGAGUGCAGCGCACGCUGAGAGGAGGGUUUUCCGGAGCUCCUGGAGUAUGGCAGUGGAUUCACGGAACUAACAAAUGAGCUCCGACAGGGGAGAAUAUUUCUUUUCGAUGAGCUUUGAUAUUCAAACAUAUCGGCUGGAUUAAACAAGUGCUCCGAAAGGAGGAAUGCCAGCUCCGAAGCCAAGCCCAGGCUCACAGGAAGGUGCCAUGCCAGCGCUUCACAGCAUGGAGUCGGACAGCACUGCAACCAACAUCCUGGCUUCUGUCAAAGAACAGGAGCUGCAGUUUGAGCGUUUGACUCGGGAAUUGGAGGUGGAGCGACAGAUUGUGGCCAAUCAGCUGGAACGAUGCCGACUGAGUUCAGAAUCCCCAGGAGCUGCUAGUGGCGGCUCCUCUGAGAUGUCUCUUCCCUGGAGAUCUGCAGGGUCUGUGGGGAACUCUCACAGUUCUACCCAGAUGAACUCUUACUCUGAUAGUGGGUAUCAGGAUGCUGUCAGCUACUACAGCGGUCAGCCACAGGGCGAGUGUCAGCAGAGACUGCAAAACUCAUUACCUGCUUCAGGAGGAAGCUCCACACUGCAGAGGGGCUCCAGGGCAGAGGGCCAGGCUGCAGGACACCACCGAACACCUGAGCUUCAGGUGUCGGGAAUGAUGGAUGGGGCUAAACCAGGUCGUGCUAUGCGACGAGUUGGUUCAAUGCCCGCUCGUGCACAGUCGCUGUACGGAAGCAACAUCUCUCCGUCUCGAGGGUCCCUUCGGACCAUUGGAAGCUCCUAUGGGUUGCCUUUCACAAGCACCUCCCUCUCUGGAGUCCCACAGAAGAGCUCUCCUGCCGCCCUGCGUAGAAUGGGCUCCUCCCGCUCGAGUGGUGCCAGCCGCACCACGUCACCCUAUUCUGGAGGUGUAGGCUGUGUGAGAGAAGACAAGCAGGCCAGGUCGGGGUCACCAGUCAGGCCAGGGAUGACUGCAGUACCACAGCAUUAUGGGUCGAUGAUGUCGAGAACGUUUCUGCAUGACGUAUCUAAUCCAUACAUUACACACAGCUAUGAGGUCUACGAGCAGAUAGACCCACGACCAGACAGCUUAACAGGUGUGCGAACAUCUUACUCUAGUCAACACAGUCAGAUAGGUGCUGAUGUGAGGUCAGCCACUUCCCCUGACCGCCAUAUUGGGCCUAUUUAUGAGGGCCGGACCUUGCAGGGACCCCUUUACCACAGCCUCAGCCAAACAGCUUCAGACCUGAAGCACAACCCACAGAGUCCGCACUACAGAUCAUCCUUUGGUAUGAGUAACCUGCAGCGGAGCUCCAGUCAGCGCAGUAACAUGAUGUACCAAAGAAAUAACUAUGCUUUAAACUCCAUAUACACAGAAGCAUACCAAUCUACCCCUUACUGGUCCCCUGAUCCCAGCUACACACGCCAGCCCAUGGAUGAUGAUGCCACACGCUCCCCUUCGGUAGACAGCAUGCAGAAGGACCCAAGGGAGUUUGCAUGGCGUGACCCUGACCUGCCGGAGGUCAUCCGCAUGCUACAGCAUCAGUUUCCAUCUGUGCAGGCUAAUGCAGCGGCAUACCUGCAACACCUGUGCUACAGAGACAACCACGUCAAGACCGAGGUGUGUCGUCUGGGUGGAAUAAAACACCUGGUGGAUUUGUUGGAUCAUAAGGUUCUGGAGGUGCAGCGGCACGCAUGCGGAGCCCUGAGGAACCUCGUUUAUGGCAGAGCUACAGACGACAACAAGAUUGCCGUGAGAAACGCAGGUGGAGUUCCUGCACUGCUUCGCCUGCUGAGAACAACAGUGGACACUGAAGUACGAGAGCUUGUCACAGGUGUGUUGUGGAAUCUGUCUUCGUGUGAUGCAGUGAAGAUGACAAUAAUCCGCGAUGCCUUAAGCAGCGUGACCAACACUGUGAUCAUCCCUCACUCGGGCUGGAGCAGCACUGACUUUCACGAUGAGCACAAACUCAAGCUGCACUCCUCUGUCGUGCUCCGCAACACCACCGGCUGUCUCAGGAACCUGAGUUCAGCUGGAGAAGAAGCCAGAAAAUACAUGCGCUCCUGUGAGGGACUCGUGGACUCACUGCUGUACGUCAUCAAAGCCUGUGUGAGCACCUCUGAUUUUGACAGCAAGAUUGUGGAAAACUGUAUUUGCAUACUGAGGAAUCUCUCCUAUCGGCUGGAGCUGGAAAUGUCACCCUCCUGGCUGACAGCCAAUCAGGAGCUUGAUGGGUUAAUGGGGUCAGAGUCACCCAGUAAAGAGGCAGCUUACAGCUGCUGGGGGAGGAAGAGGAGAAAAAAGAAGAAUUUAAUCGAAGAACAGUGGGAUGGUGUCGGGCCGAUCCCUGGUUUCUCAAAGUCUCCUAAAGGUGCUGAAAUGCUGUGGCACCCAUCUGUAGUCAAGCCCUAUCUUACCCUGUUAGCGGAGAGCUCAAACCCAGCCACACUAGAGGGCUCCGCCGGGUCACUCCUGAAUCUCUCCGCAGGAAACUGGAAGUUUGCAGUGUAUAUUCGCGCAGCGGUGCGCAAGGAGAAAGGUUUGCCCAUUCUGGUGGAGUUACUGCGCAUGGAUAACGACAGAGUGGUGUGCUCCAUUGCCACAGCACUCAGAAACAUGGCCCUGGACGUGAGAAAUAAAGAACUGAUCGGGAAAUAUGCCAUGCGGGACCUGGUGAACCGUUUGCCGGGGGGAAACACUACACAGCUGUCAGAUGAUACGGUGGCGGCAAUCUGUUGCACACUGCAUGAGGUCACCAGAAGAAACAUGGAGAAUGCUAAAGCCCUGGCAGAUGCGGGCGGCAUUGAGAAACUCUUCAACAUCACCAAGGGUAGAGCAGAAAGCAGGUACUCUAUGAAGGUGGUGAAGGCGGCCGCUCAGGUGCUGAACAUGCUGUGGCAGUACAGAGACCUGCGCACCAUCUAUAAGAAGGAUGGCUGGAAUCAGAAUCACUUCCUGACUCCUGUAUCAACUCUGGAGAGAGAGCGCUUCAAAUCACAACCCACUCUACCGUCAUCCACGCUACAGAUGUCCCCUGUGCACCAUACAGCAGGCAGCACAUUAUCAUCUCCCGCAGUGCUGGGCAUCAAAGAACACUCUGAUCAUCAGAAGACACAAACUAUGCAAUUUUAUGAUUACCAAGAAGAAAACGGCAUCAAUAAAAACAAAAGCAUAGGGUCUGCAAAAGCAUCUCACUAUUACACUUCCCUGAGCAGAGAGGGCUCGAAACGAGAACAGAAGGUGUAUCGCACCGAUGAAACGGGCCACAGAAACCAUGACACUUACCGCACAUACCUGCAUUCACCACACGCCUACGAGGACUCGUAUCUGGAAAAGAUGGUGCACUAUUCUCCCGCUGAUUACAGCCAGACACACGGCUUCAGAACCACAAGCAACUAUGUGGACUUUUACUCUUCCACCAGGAGACCGUUACACCGCAGUGAACAUUACCAGGGAUCCCCCGACUCAUGGGUAUAGAGACCCGGCUUACAGGCUGCGCUAUCUCGAAGACAGAAAUGGAUUUGGGAACACAUUGCUUUUAAGGAGAUGUGAGAAGUGGAUGCAAAGCAUAUGAAUGUGAUGGAGAAUGUCUAGCAGAAUGUUGGUUUAAUGGAAAUAAGGAAUGAAUCAUGAACUCUGUAUGUAGGGGACUGGAGAGAUGUAGCAGACCAGGGGUGCCAAAAAACACCGCCCUGCGGAGUUCAGUUCAAACCCUGCUCCAACACACAUGCCAUAUAGUAUUCAAAUAAGCCUGAAGGAUUUGAUUAGCUGGAUCAGGUGUGUUUAAUUAGGGUUGAAGCUAGACUCUGCAGGACUGCGGCCCUCCAGAAACUGAGCUUUGCACCCCUGGUGUAGACUUUAGAUGAUUUUUGUUAGCUUUAAAGUAUGAGUGACUCACUGAGGAAAGAGACUGGGAAAUUCUUAACCUGGGUCACCUGAACAUGAACUUAUAAAUAAUAAAUAAAUAAGGAUUAAAUGUAUAUGAAGGAUUUCAGAGAGAACAUUGUACCUGUUGUUGUUGAGAUUUUUAAUGCUAUGGAGUCUUGUACAUAUCUUUCAUUUAUUUUUGAAAAUAGCUGCCACAUGGUUUGUUUUACUACACUGGUAAAAACUCAUAUCAUGUUAAACCUCGUAGACCUAAGUGAAUAAACGGUGAGUGAUGUCAUUACAUCAGCUUUUUUUUUUUAGUGGUGCUGUUAUUAUGAGUUAAACACAGAGUAUUGUGCAUCAGUUUAAGGUAGCACAGAGGGCAAACAUGUCCAUGUCAAAAACUGUCAUAAAAAAUAAAUACAUUUUCAGGUUUUAA